GUUUGCCUCCAAUACUGCUCCCGUAUUCUGUCUGUCAGUCACAGAAUGCUUGCUGUAUCCAUAGCAACAGAGCUUCCUCUUCCUGUCUGGUGCCUAUGUCACAAUAAGAUCAGGAGGAAUGCACCAUCAUCCGUUCUGUUUGAUCUAACUAUGCUCUGAUAUUAGGACCAAACCAGUUCAUGAUCAGCUGUAUGUGACACCAUGUUCAGUACCAUGUACAGUAUGGGCAAACAGGAAAAUGGACCCAACCUGGCUGGAGAAUAGAGCAGAGGCAUGCAAACAAAGUUCAAAUUGGAAACUGGGUGGAAGAGAAACUGCAGACAGUUCACUCGAGAGUGUAAGACAGCCAACAGCACCAACUGUGCAGACUACCAGCCACAGAGGGCCAGAUGUCAUCGUGAGACGAAUGGCGCUGUGGAAAGCUGAGGGCGUUGCUGCCAAGCUGCUUCUCUCCCACCACGGCACGCUGCCCUCCCAUUACCUGGUCACCCUCUAUGAUGAGAUGUACAGGCGCCAGGGCUCCUCCACCCUGCCCACAUUGUGCUCCUGGCAUCCAGACAGGCUGGCGAGGAUGCCAGAGAAGUCUGACCACCACCGUUAUCCAAUCCUGUCAGCUGUAAUUACAAACUGGUGUCAAGUAAAUAAAAGAAGUCAAGAAAAAAAUAAGUAGUGUUCCACAGUUAAAGUUUAGGCAGAACAAAUGGCCUUUGAUUAUUCCAAAUAUGUCACAGAUAUAUUGUAACUAAUGACUGCAUCACUGUAACAGCUGAGCUCUCUCUCCUUCCCUUCCUUCUCCCUCCUACCUCCAACUAACUUUGGCCUGGUGGAGUAUAGACAGGUUCAUCUGGACCAGCAGUAGUCCCCAUUCUCAACGCUAAGUGUGUACAGGACAGCGUACCAGAGGCACCCACUAAGUGCUUUCUGCCAGCCCCGCUUAGCCAGGGUGCCACGUGACCUUUCCAGCAAGCUCCAUCCUGCCAAUCUGAACAACAAGGACCUGGAAAUGAAACAGCAGUCCUGUAGACAGGUCCAAGACAGCUCGGUCUCCGCCAGCCUCUUCCCUCCCCUCUCUUGGGUGUAGACACAGAGCUCAGGCUCACAAGCUGUUUAGAUACUCAGGGGCCAAACUCAAUGUGGUGCUGUUUGAGAGUUACAUUUUUUAUUAGUCUGAGGCAUGAAACAUUUAAUGGAGCAGAACAUUUGGGAAAUCAAAAGACGUAAAAAUUAAACAGGAGUCUCAUUAUAAUCUCUUAAA